AUGAAGCGCGCGGUGCGAGGCGAGACGCUGCAGAGCAAAGCGCCAUACAUCCCUCGAAGAAGACUUCUGAUUGACAUUGAAACUAUUGUCGGAAACUACAAAACACAUUAUACGAAUUUUACUACUUUAACAAAUAUCCAGACUGAAACAAUCUCACAUUCGCAACUACCAACAUUUUUAAAAUCAUAUUCACAGAACACACAAAUUUCACAUACAUCUACACAAACAGAAAUUGUAACUUUAACAAUAGAAAACGACGUUGACACCUUGGUUGAGAGUAUUCCUAAUAUUGAAAACCAGGCUCAAGAAAUAAUCGAUAAAUUAAAGACAGCGUUAAUCCAGUAUUCUGGAAUGGACCCCUCAGUAAGACCAAAACUGCCUAAACUUAGAUACAGUCCUAAACUUACUCAGUUAAUAGAUCUAUUUAACAAUAAACUAUUGAACGAAUUUAUAUCAGAGGAUAUGCAACUAACAGACCUACAUACCCUAGUAUAUUGCACAGCCUUGGUUAUAUCUGAAGAACUUGGUUACAAAGUAAAGGAAUACGGGGGAAAGAUAAAAAACAUGUGUAUUAAGAAACCAUCGUGGCAAAUAAGACUGGAAAAAGAUAUAAAUAAAUUAAGAGCAGACUGCGGCAGACUAACUCAAUAUAUUAAUAAUAAUAGAUCAAAUAAAAUUAUUAAAAGAGUUGAAGCAAUUUUCAAGAGUAGAACAACACACACAAGACAUGAAAAUCAGAACAGAAAGCCUGAAGAAUUUUUAGACACCCUCAAACAGACUCUAGCACUGAAAGUUCAUCGACUCAGGAGAUAUAAGCAAUGCAAAAAAAGGGACAACAUAAUGUUUGAAACUAACGAAAAAUUAUUUUAUAAAAACUUGCAUAAAUUAGAAACUAACAUGAUUGCUGAAGAAAACUUAGAAUUACCAACACAAACGCAAUUAGAAACAUUUUGGUCUAACAUUUGGGAAGAACAAAUACACUACAAUGACAAAGCUGAUUGGAUAGAGGAAGAAAAGAAAAUGUGGAAUACUAUUGAAGAAAUGGAGUUUAAUGAAAUAAAAGAGAUUGAUAUCGCAGACAUUACGAGAAAACUUCAUAAUUGGAAAUCACCUGGUAUAGACAAAAUACAUAACUUCUGGUAUAAAAAAUUAAUAUCAUUACAUAAAGCUUUAGCAAAAAAUCUAACAGACGUUAUAUUAGGUAAACAGGAUAUACCUGAAUUUAUUGCAAUAGGAAUAACUUACAUGCUACCAAAAACAAAAUUUUCCUCAGAACCAUCCAAAUACAGGCCAAUCACAUGCUUAACAACGAUAUAUAAAAUUCUGACGUCAGCAAUCGCAACUAAAAUCAACGCACAUAUAGAACACCAUAAUAUAUUAGCAGAGGAACAGAAGGGAUGCAGGCGGGGCCACAUGGGAUGCAAGGAACAAUUAGUUAUAGAUUCUACUAUCCAUAAACAUGCUAAAAUAAAAAACAGAAAUCUACACUGUACCUAUAUUGAUUACCAGAAAGCCUUUGAUAGUCUUCCACAUUCUUGGUUAUUAAAAAUAUUACAGAUUUAUAAAAUAAACUCCAAAAUAAUAGACUUUUUACGUAACAUAAUGCCACUGUGGAAAACUACACUACAAUUAAGCACUAAUAAAAAAAUAAUUAAAACGCGACAGAUAAUUAUCAAGAAAGGCAUUUAUCAAGGCGAUUCAUUGAGUCCAUUUUUUUGCUUAGCACUAAACCCCUAUCUCACUUACUGCAUCGUUGCCGAGUUGGAUAUUCUACAAAACACCGCCCAACAAACAAUUAUCUCACAUCUCAUAUAUGUUGACGAUAUAAAAUUAUAUGCUAAAACAGAUAAAGAAAUGAAAAAGCUUUUAGAAGUCACUACAAAUUUUAGUAAAGAUAUUAACAUGAAAUUUGGACUAGAAAAGUGUAAAACAGUACAUAUUAUUAGAGAUCCAACCAUAUCUAGUGAUAAGUGUCGCAAAUGCCAUAUUCAGCCUGAAACAAUUCAACAUAUAACAGGGGCAUGUGUAAGUCUUACACAAACUGAUUACACACACCGACAUAAUCAGAUAGUCAACAUGUGUGUAGCACAGAAACACAAGCUUAUUGAAGACACAAACACUCCAUAUUAUAAAUAUACACCACAAACCGUGCUGGAAAAUUUAACAUGUAAAGUAUAUUAUGAUCGAGCCAUACUUACCGACAGGACCAUCCAUUAUAAUAGACCGGAUAUUACCCUACAAGACAAAAUAAAUAAAAUAACUUACCUUAUUGAUAUCGCAAUUCCCAAUACACACAAUCUCCAAAAAACAAUAGCUGAGAAGAUUAACAAAUACGCUGAACUUAAAGAUGAAAUCACAAGAAUCUGGAAACAGGAAAAAGUUUACAUA